GUCGGGGAUGUCACGAACAAGAAGCCCCAGCGCCUGGUGACUCAGUUCCACUUCACCAGCUGGCCUGAUUUCGGGGUCCCCUUCACCCCCAUCGGGAUGCUGAAGUUCCUGAAGAAGGUGAAGACGUGUAACCCCCAGUACGCAGGAGCAAUAGUUGUGCACUGCAGCGCCGGGGUGGGACGCACGGGCACUUUCAUCGUCAUCGAUGCCAUGCUGGACAUGAUGCACGCCGAGAGGAAGGUGGACGUUUACGGCUUCGUGAGCCGCAUCCGGGCUCAGCGCUGCCAGAUGGUACAGACAGAUAUGCAGUAUGUGUUCAUAUACCAAGCACUUCUGGAGCACUAUCUCUACGGUGACACAGAGCUGGAGGUGACCUCCUUAGAGAUCCACCUCCAGAAGAUCUACAACAAAGUGCCAGGGACCAGCAGCAACGGUCUGGAAGAGGAGUUCAAGAAGCUCACUUCAAUCAAAAUUCAGAAUGACAAGAUGAGAACGGGCAACUUGCCGGCAAACAUGAAGAAGAACAGAGUGCUUCAGAUAAUUCCAUAUGAGUUCAACCGAGUAAUCAUUCCAGUGAAGAGAGGUGAAGAGAACACGGACUACGUCAACGCUUCCUUCAUUGACGGUUAUCGCCAGAAGGACUCCUACAUCGCCAGCCAAGGACCACUGCAGCACACGAUAGAGGACUUCUGGAGGAUGAUCUGGGAGUGGAAGUCCUGCUCCAUAGUGAUGCUGACCGAGCUGGAGGAGAGAGGCCAGGAGAAGUGUGCCCAGUACUGGCCAUCUGACGGCUCCGUGUCCUAUGGAGACAUCACUGUGGAGCUGAAAAAGGAGGAGGAGUGCGAGAGCUAUACGGUGCGGGACCUGCUGGUGACGAACACCAGGGAAAACAAGAGCCGACAGAUCCGGCAGUUCCAUUUCCACGGCUGGCCAGAAGUUGGGAUCCCCGGGGACGGGAAGGGAAUGAUCAACAUCAUCGCGGCCGUGCAGAAGCAGCAGCAGCAGUCUGGCAACCACCCCAUCACUGUGCACUGCAGCGCCGGAGCAGGAAGAACAGGCACCUUCUGUGCACUGAGCACUGUCCUGGAAAGGGUGAAGGCAGAAGGGAUUCUCGACGUCUUUCAGACGGUGAAGAGUUUAAGACUACAGAGGCCGCAUAUGGUGCAGACACUGGAACAGUACGAAUUCUGCUACAAGGUGGUGCAGGAAUACAUCGACGCCUUCUCAGACUACGCCAACUUCAAGUGAAGCCGCAAAUAAACCACAGCAAAAAAAACAA